AUGGAUCUAGGAUUUUGGAGGAGCAAGAGUGAGCCUACACUUUACAUCAAGUCCCAAGGUCAGUACACUUUCUUACUCUCUCUAUAUGUAAAUGACCUUAUAUACACGGGAAACAAUACUGAGAUGAUGAUGGAGUUUAAAGAAGACAUGGUGAACACCUUUGAGAUGAACGACCUUGGUUUAAUGAGUUACUUCCUCGGUAUAGAGGUAAGUCAAAUAAAUGAAGGGAUAUUCAUCUCGCAAAAGAAAUACACAGAAGGCUUACUUAAGAAAUUCAAUAUGUACGGUUUCAAAUCUGUCGCUACUCCACUCAUAACAAAUGAGAAACUACAAAAGAAUAAUGAAGCACCAAAAGCUGAUGCAUCCAAAUACAUAAGUCUAACUGGAAGUCUUCUAUAUUUAACUGUUACACGACCAGACAUAAUGUAUGCUACAAGUCUUCUAUCAAGAUUCAUGCAAAGCCCAAGUCAAAUACAGUUUGGAGCAUGA